AUGGAGCUGAAAGUAUACGACUGCUUCUUCAAAGCAAUGCUUAAAGGUAUGGUUUUGAACGACACUACCAGUGCGCUUCAUUUCUUCUUCACGAACCCGGUGUUUUUAAAGAAAAAACAAGAAACUGUUAUGUCCAUCAUCAGCUUAGCUUAUAGAUUAUCAAGAUGCUUCUGGGUAGUGAACAUGAUAUCAGUGUUGGCCAUGUCUUUUUCUAUCACCUACUUUCUGUACAAUCGUUUCGAAGAAAUGCCAACAAGGAUCACCAUAGAAAAUCAGUUCGAACCAAUAGAAAACCUUCCCUACCCUGCCAUCACUCUGUGUACCCCAAAUCAGUUAACCCAGUCUGCCCUGGAAUAUUUCAACAGUACGCUUAUUGAGGGUAACAGAACUGAAUUGGAAACUUAUCUACCGCUAGUUUUAGGUUUAUACGAAUUUAUUAGUCUCACGAACCAGACCGAAAAUUUAUUGAAAAGUUUCCAGGAUUUACUAGAAAUGAACAGAUUCACUAUUUCAGAUUUGCUUAGUCACGUCCCUCAAAACUGUGAAAACUUUCUGAAGCGCUGUUAUUUAGAAGGCAAGCAGUAUAACUGUUCAGACCUCUUUAAACCGAUUCUUACCACUCACGGAUACUGCUGCAGCUUUAACAAUGUCUACAUGUUUAAUGGCAAAAUGAAUGUGAAAAACCGAAACUUCGUUAACCGCAAUGUAAGAGCUACUGGAUUCACUAAAACGCUGCUAGUGGUCAUUGACUUUCAAGAAGAAGACGCUAUGAAUGCUACAAUACUCUACGGUGGAGCAACACCGGUGAUGUACUCAGAUUGGUCAGAGUUUCCGUCGGACGACGAAUUAUUUUACCACGAUAAUUAUGGCGAGUCGUUCCACACCUUGUCCGCUACUUACACGUAUUGCUCUGAAGAAGUCAAAUCGCUGCCUUUGUGGAGGUAG